AUGGUUUCUAAACUAUCAUUCAAAGGUGAUAAACCCAAAACCAAGAAGAAAACAGUCAAAAGAACAACGAGACCAAUAUCAACAAAACCAGACAUUGAUGUUCCAUUAAUUGAAAAUAGUUGGACAUCAGCUACAACAUUUACAGAUCUUAAUGGACCUUUAAUCAUAACAACUUAUGAAAGAUCCAAUGAUGAUUAUGAACAUUUAACACAGCAACCAUUAGUAUUAACACCUGAUAUAUUAGGUGAUAUACGUCCAUCAAAAGAAGUUCGUAUAGUUGAUCAAACAGAAACUAUAAAUUUUGAAACUGAUGAUAUAGAUCCAUUAGUUUAUCAUGCAAAUAUUCAUAAAACUGAACCUGGUGAUGUUCAACAAGUUUUCCUUGCCACAUCCGUUGCAUUUGCUACAUUAGGUGGUGAUGUGAAUCCUAAUAGAACUAAACUUGCAUUGAAAACACCAUCUGAUAAAUAUUUAUCUUUGAAUGAUCAAGGUGAUGUUGAUUGUAAAAAUGAAGCUAUUGGACCUUAUCAAAUUUUAGAAUUUGAAAAACAUGUUAUAUCAAAAGAAGGUGUUUGGUUUAAGAUAUGGAAUGGUAACAAAAGAUUGUCAUUAUUGAAAAAUGAGGAUAAAUUUCAAUUGAAAUUCAAAUCAAAUGAUCAAGAUGAUCAAAUAAUAUCAGAUUUAUUUGUUAUAAGAGUUCAAACAAAAAAUUCUACAACGGGGAAAAGAUUAUUACGUGAACAUGAAGAAUCUAAAACUUUAGGAUCAGAUUCUAUAAGUUUAUCAAUUAGAAAUGCAAUAAAUUCAUUACAAAAAUCAGGAAUUGAAGUUAAUCAAUCUACAAUUCAAAGACUUAAAAAUGCAGCAUUAAAAGGUAAAUUAAAUGAACAAUUAAUCUUGGAAAGAUCAAAAUCUAAAUCAGAUACAAGAUGUUGA